UUCUCCCCUAGCUUUCAUCUUUACCACUACCAUGGAAAACGGAAGAGGGUAUCUGGGCGUGACGCCGCCCAUUUCCACCACUGAAUCCAGUGCGCGAGAAAAGGAGGUUACGGGCACUCUCAUGCAGGAACUGAGGAGACAGAAGACCUUCGAGUCUGAAGAAGAGGCUAAAACUAGGGAAAUUGUACUCGGUCGCCUCGCCGCUCUCGUCAAAGCCUUUGUACGCAAAGUCUCUUUGUCCAGAGGUCUUUCCGAGGCUGCCGCCAACGCAGCUGGCGGCAAAAUCUUUACAUUCGGAUCGUAUCGACUUGGCGUGCACGGUCCUGGCUCUGAUAUUGAUACCCUCUGUGUUGUUCCGAAACAUGUAUUGCGAGAGGAUUUCUUUGAUGUCUUUGAACAGAUGCUGAGAGAGACCGAGGGUGUCACAGAGUGUUCGGGUGUUCCGGAGGCGUAUGUGCCCAUCGUCAAGGUGAAAAUUUCGGGCAUUCCAAUCGAUUUCCUUAUGGCUCGAUUGGCUCUGUCGACUAUUCCCGACGACCUGUCUUUGCAAGACGACAACCUCCUCCGAAACCUAGACGACAGGUGUAUUCGAAGUCUGGGAGGUUCACGAGUCACGGAUGAGAUUCUUCGGCUCGUUCCUAAUGUUAAUGUUUUCCGAGACUCUUUGCGAUGCAUAAAGCUUUGGGCUCAACGGAGAGCCAUCUACUCCAACGUGAAUGGUUUUUUGGGUGGCGUGGCUUGGGCCAUGCUUGUCGCUCGCAUCUGUCAGCUAUAUCCCAAUGCCAUCGCCGGUGCUAUCGUCAGCCGUUUCUUCAUCAUCAUGUACCAAUGGUCAUGGCCACAGCCCGUGCUCCUAAAGCAGAUUGAAGAAGGUCCACUGCAAGUCCGAGUAUGGAAUCCGAAGCUAUACCCUGGGGACCGUUCACAUCGGAUGCCUAUCAUCACUCCAGCAUAUCCAGCCAUGUGUGCCACCCACAAUGUCACCGCAUCGACCCAGAUGAUCAUGACAGAAGAGUUCAAGAAAGGUGCGGAUAUCGUCGAUAAAGUCAUCGUCGGCACAGCUACCUGGUCAGAGCUGUUCGCGAAGCACGACUUCUUCCACAAAUACCGGUAUUACCUCCAGAUCAUCGCGUCGACAGGCGAUCCCGCUCUGCAGAUUAAGUGGGCCGGUACUGUGGAGUCGCGACUGCGUCAGCUGGUCAUGAAGCUUGAAUUCGUUGAAUCUUUGCAAUUAGCGCACCCUUUCAUCAAAGGCUUUGAGCAGAUAUCGUACUGUCUCUCAGAAGAAGAGAUGCGCGCCGUAGCUCAAGGUGAGGUCUCGGAGGCUGUCGCCCAGCGCAAGAAGGAAGACAUCGAAGGCAAGGAGGGUGCGAGUCAGGUCUACACAUCGACCUUUUACAUUGGGUUGGCCAUCGAGGCUAGACAAGCUGGCUCUGUUGGGCCGCGGAAGCUGGAUAUCUCAUGGCCUACUACAGAGUUUACCAAGAUGGUCAAAAGUUGGGAUAAAUUCGACGAGACGAAGAUGGGCAUCAUCGUGCGCCACAUAAAGAGCUCGACCCUUCCUGACUAUGUAUUCGACGCUGGCGAACGCCAGCCCAAACCCGCCCUCACGAAAAAGCGUCCGAAGUCUGUGAAGGGGACCACUCGGCCUAACGGAUCGUCCGAUCUCCCAGCCAACAAACGCCCUCGAGCAUCUUACGCUGGCUCCGACUCUGUUUCUACGGAAACGUCCAGUAUGAUCCAGACCGCCGAGAACGGACGUUCAUCAUCGACACCAACACCUGCCCUGAAGCAGGACGUGCCAGCACAUCCGACUCCUGUCUACACGUCGUCAACGAUUCAUCCAGCAGACAUCAAAUCACCGCAACUACCGUUCGGAGAAAACGUAGCCGUCGCGACUGGUGCUGGCGGGCCAUAGCAAGAUGUCGACAAUCUCAUCUUUCUAUCCUUCUUUUUGCCUGUUUCUCGCGCGGCGUCUUGAUCACGGAGUCUGCAAGUAUAAUAGCCCGUUUGAGGUCUAAUAUGCCUGCUGCUUCCCUGUAUCUUUGCGUCUUGGUGACCCUUGGAGCUCUCUGGGUUAUUCAUCGUCAUCUUACCUCACAGGAAACCAUAGUUGCCUAGGACGCAUAGGCCAGCGGUGGCGAAGGGUUCUGCUAUCUUCCUUAAUUGAGUUCAAGUUCGCGCUGUACAAUGUUGGGCAAUCGUCGGGAGGGUGGUAGCUUCCUUUCGUCUUGUCCGUUCGGGUUCGCUCUGGCUUCCUCCUUCGCUUUCUGCAACUUCUAUGGUACAAUCUUCGCCCCCUUCUCUUGACAUAUUAAAAAAAUUCUAUGCUAUGAGUAAUAGACCGGUUACCCUGACUUUCGGUGUUCACUUCGUAUAUCUUUGUCCGCCCUGUGUUUCUCCUUUCUGUACGGUGUUAGUUACUGCAGACAUCCUGUAUUGUUAUUUACAAAUACACAAUCGCUAUAAAUCGUCUGUUGACGCUUGCA